AUGACUUUGUACCCUCCCAGUGCAUCAUAUGUGAAGGCUGCAUUCGCAGUUCUAUCUUCGGUGACAGCUAUGAGCCCCUGCCAUUGCGGUUUCAUCAUGCAGCCAGUUCUGCAGAAGCAGACCACUGAGGUGGCGAGGAUCAAGCACCGACGUAUGAUUGAAGAUUUUCUCGUCAAGGGCAGCAUGUCCUAUGGACAGGAGACCACAGUGUUCUAUGCCAAGCCGGAUGCUGGUCCCAGGGAUGGCAGGCCCCUCUCCCAUGUGUGCGUCCUCACGACAAACAACACCUACUCCGAGACUCCUUGGUCUGAGAGUGAUGCAGUCAGUGCUGGCCGUGUGGGGCCUUUCCCAUUGAUCAAGGUUGCUGACAUGCUUGGGUAUGAUGAAGCCACGAGGCCUUCUGCGGGUGCACGAGUGGAGCAGAGAGGGGUGCCUUGCGCUCAGGCUUUGAUGGCAUCAAUGCUUUCAGGCAUGGAUGUCAAGGACAACGACAAGGUUGUUUGGCUCGACAUCAUUCCCAACAGGUGUGCUGAAUUUGCACGUGCAGCUUUGAAGACCUUGCUGGACCCUGCAGCAACUGGUCAAAAGAUACAGUAUGUGGGCUUGAUUCGGGAAGAGAAGUUGCCGGAUAUCCGCACAGCGUUGGAAUCCCAAGUCUACGACAGCUGGGACAACAACUUGGAGAUUGCACCGCCAAAGGAGAGGCCGCCUACAACCACAGCUGAACCCACAGCAGAGGCAUUGGGGUUGCGCUUGAUCCCACUCGUUCGUGGCAAGCCAGUGUUUCCAUUGUCGGUUUUGCAGGGCAGGUUCAGUGAGGGCAGCUUUGAGCAAGCAGAGAUCGUUGCAUUGCAGAAAGACUUUGAGGAUGAGUUUGGACAGGGCAGUGGUGCAGCCCCGGGCAGGGACAACCGCACGGCUGCACUGUGCGACUACACCAUUGAUGAAGGUCUUCGGCCACUGGAUUGCACCCGGGUGGCAAGUCUCGUCUCCAAGCCCAUUUCUGAGUUGACAGGAGAGAGGUUGGGUGCUGUUGCUGGAAGGGCCGGAGCUGGGAAGCCCAGCCUCGUAUUGACAAAGGACUACCACGUGUGGCUGCUCAACCCGACCAGCGAACCGAUGCAGGUGGUUGCUGGCGAGUUGUUUGGCUUUGGCACUGGGCAGUACAUCAACCAGGUCGUUCUUGGCAAUUCUGACGAAACCACUGGAUUGCCUUGGAGAUUGACUUCCGACCGAGAGAUUGUCUCCCUGGAGAAGACCCCGCUGGCUUUGUGUGAGGUGAUGCGGAAAUGUGCUGUGGAGCAAGGUCUUGCCGACCUAUAG